UUGGUAGCCUCAUCAUUAAAGCCUUUUUUAAUCCACAUUUAACACUAAAUAAUAAGUGAUAUUUCAGGUGGACAGAAAAGGCAUUGGACAGUAGGAAUGACCCUUAUAAUACAUUUACAUAAAAUGUUAUACAAUUUUACCCAGUCAACUAAACCUUCUCAGAGCCACAACCGAUGGUAUUAACUCAUUCCCUCUUAUACACCCAUCCCCGCCUCCCCUCUGCCAGGCCUGCCACCCUCCAGGACUACAAGGCUGCCAUGCUGCUGAGUGGGGUUGGCGAUGCCCUGGGCUACCGCAACCAGCUGUGGGAGUAUAACGAUUCAGAGCCAGCCAUUCACCAGGAGUUGCAAGAGCUUGGUGGGCUGAAGAACAUCACAGCACAGCUUCCUGAUUGGCCAGUCAGUGAUGACACAGUCUUGCACCUGGCCACUGCAGAAGCGCUCACCACCAGAAAGGAAGGGGAGGAGCUUCUGCAGGAUGUGGCUGCUCGUUAUGUCGAGGGCAUGAAAGACAUGGAAGGAAGGAAACCAGUGCCAUCAAGCAUCUUAGGAGUGUCCCAGUUGAGGUCGGGAACUGAAGGGGGCUUCAGAGUGCCCUACAACCCUGAUGGCACCGGAUGUGGGGCAGCCAUGAGGUCUAUGUGCAUCGGACUGAGGUACCCGUGUCCAGAGCAGCUGUCCACUCUGGUGGCCAUUGCUGUGGAAGCAGGAAGGAUGACCCAACCUCACCCGACCGGUUUCCUCGGUGCUGUGGCGACGGCGCUCUUCACCUCAUACGCCGUCCAAUGCCGACCAAUCACGACCUGGGGGCUGGGCUUGGUCAAGGAGGCCUGUCCAAUCGCCAAGAGCUUUGUUCAAUUUCAGGGCUUUGCUGUCAGGGAGACGAGAGACUGGGGAUACUUCACUGAGAAGUGGGAGUGGUACCUGGAGCUGAGAGGCCUCUCCGAGAGGACGGGCCCCGUGCAUUGGCCGGCGUCCUAUGGGCCGGCGGAGAGAGACAAGGUCUAUAAGAUCUUCAGCCUGAAGGGCUGCAGCCACGACGCUCCAAUGAUCGCCCUGGAUGCCCUGCUUGGGGCGGGGUCAGACUGGGAGGAGCUGAUGAGCCGUGGGGGCUUCCAUGGAGGUGACAGUGACAGUACAGCGGUGAUCGCCUGCUGCUGCUGGGGGCUGCUCCAUGGCACGGAGGGCGUCCCGCCCGGCAACUACACCCACCUGGAGUACAGGGAGCGGCUGAAGAGCAGCGCUGAAAAGCUCUACGCCCUGUCACACACAGGAGGUGACAAGUACGAUCCAUAAAGCACUGAGGGGGAGACGAAGAGAGAAAAUGAGAGAGAAUCUGUGAGUGAGGGAAUGAGAAUAAUGUUUUACUGUCUUAACCACAUGCAUUGUCGCUGUAUUCGGUCUUGCCCAAAAGUAACUACGCUUGGUAGGAAGUCAAUUGAUCCUGUGUGGCGCUGUCACAGUGUAACAGAAAAACUGUCAUGUCAACGUAGAUGCCUGGAGGGAAUGGUUCCGUCCCACUGAUCAAGAGCAGGGCUGCAUCCCAAAUAGAACUCUAUUCCCUAUGGGCUCUGUUCAAAAGUAGGGCAUUAUAUAGGGAAUAGCGUUCCAUUUGGGACACACAAAGUCUACACCCAAGGACAAUGAGGAGGAGGAUUCAGUCAUACAAGAGGCUUCCCCUUAUUGAGCAUUGACAAUGCAUGAUAAAUUAAGGGAGUGCAGUGCAUUCGGAAAGUAUUCAGACACCCUUGACUUUUUCCACAUUUUGUUACGUUACAUCCUUAUUCUGAA